GUACGUCCCCCACGCCACGGCCGAUCAUGCAGAACGCAGGCGUCCUUUCUCUAACCCUUUCUCUAAGUCCUAGUAAUUUCGCGUUCUUCGCGCAUGCAUGCACGCUAUAAAUUUUGGCUGCGCGAUUAGUGAGCUCUCUUAACCCGUUGUUGGAAGCUCGGGGUUGAGCGAUCAGGAAGGGUCGGCACACGAGCGAAGUAAGAGUGGGUUCGAUGUCCGAUGGGGAUUUGCAAUACGCCUGUCACGUUUUAACGAGCAAUGAACAUGACGUUCCAGAAUUUCGUCAACAAGAUACGGCUGACGCAAGGGAUGAUUAACUUCUGCGUGAUCCUACACAUGGACAAUAUCCUGGUCUAUUCGGAAACCUAUCACGAGCACGGGCAACAUAUUGAAUGGACCUUGGUAGCACUAAGAGACGCAAGGUUCAAGAUUGCGCUCGAGAAGAGCGAAUUUUUCCUCACGGAAAUUUCGUUCUUGGGCUACGUCGUGACACGUGGAGGAUUGCGGUCGGACUCGAGAAAAGUUGCGGCGGUGAAGGAAGCCCCGGUUCCCACGUCACUGACGCAGGUUCGAGCCUUCUUGGGACUGGCGUCGUACUACCGGCGCUUCAUCAAGGGCUUUGCCGCGAUUGCACGACUGCUAACGAACCUGUUACGGAAGGACCAACCUCUCAGUUGGGACGUGGAGUGCCAACAGGCCUUUGCAACCCUCAAAGACGCUCUGGCAACGACCCCUAUUUUGAUUCGGUCGGACCCCUCGAAGCAGUUCAUUCUCAUCACGGAUUGGCAACCGGAAGCUAUUUCCGCUAUUCUAGCACAAAAGGGGAACGAUGGUCGCGAACGAGUCAUCGAGUACGCGUCUCGAACCGUAUCGGACGAACGAAGAAACGACUCCGCACCUCAAGGCGGGUGCUAUGCGGCUUGGCGAACCAACGUGGAGGGAGAACUCCUCGCGUUUCUGUUCAGUACAGUACGGCCUGGACAUCAGAAACUCAUCCCGCAAGAGCUCGCGAUCCCGGUAGCGCAGUUGGCGGACGAUCUCCCUCUCGACAUCAUCUCGCAAGAUGACGAGCACCCGAUUCCUCAUGUGCUUUCUUGCACGUUGACGUUGUAUCUCCAGUGGUCAGCUUGUGUGGAGGGAGCCGUAGAGCGCAUCCCGCCAUCGCAGCAGCAGUAUUUAGAUCCCCGGACGGUUUGUGAUCCUUCCUUCUUCAGGCAUCCAACAGCAGAGCAGGUUGCUGCCAUUCGAGAGGAAGAAGAGGAGGAAGAAAGCACUGAGAGUGAGGAAGGAGAAGACGAGCGGGAAGAAAGUGGGGAAAGCGACGAAGUACUCGGGGAAGAGGACGAAACCCCCGAAGAAGGAAGCUAUAGCGAGCAUAGCGAGGGGGAGCGGAGCGAGGAAGAAGAAGACGACGACGAAGGAGAAGAGGAGAACGAAGAAGGACCUGCGGAAUCAGAGUGGGAAGCUGUGCCGGAAGAAGCGCUAUGCACAAGCACGGAGGCUGAAGAUCCAGAGGCGGCCCGCAAAAGAGAAGAAACCGCGACCGGGAAGAAGGAACUAGAGUUUGCGAGCAGGGCAAGCUUGCACAUCCACGACGACCCAAACCAAGAUUUGGAGCCGCCCCGACCAGAACAUGGUGACCUCACGGCCACGACUCCGACCCCAUCAACGCGGCGACGGAGCCGAUCCCCCUCCUCCCAAGCCCGUCCCCCAGUUCACCGACGUACCAAUACGGGCGAUCGACCUUCGUCCCUGAUUACUCUCUCACCGUCCUCUUGACUACCUCACCCUCCGCCAGCUCACCACCCCCAUCACGUUCCCCUUCAACCCAUUUCCUCGCGAUACCUUCCGCCACUUCU